UUGGUAGUUUUAUACUCUGUGCUUGCAGCAUUUGCGAUUUGGUUUGAAAUUAAUCAAUAGUGGUGGCUGAAGAGGUGAGCAGUAAUUCUUGCGUAUAGGGGACAUCUUAUUUAAACAAAAUGGUAUUCGGUAAACGUAUUGCAUUUCUAUGUGCAAUAGCAGUUUUGUGUGACAUCGGAUUGUUUCUCUUCUUUGUUGGCUACAAUAGUCGUUUCGACUGCUACGUUACAAUUGAUGAACAUCAAGAAAUCGAUAUCAUUUUACCGGACAACUUUCUAAGUAUCGGCAUCGAUGCCUCUGAAUUACAAGAUUAUCAUAAGGUUGAUUUUGGUAAACUACGUUUCCAAAAACUUGCUACAGCAUUACAGCCUGCACGUUUGAGAAUAGGCGGUACAAUGUCUGAUCGACUCAUUUUCAGUCCGAAAGAUAAUCCUCACUUCUCUUGCAAUGAAUGUGCAUCUAAUAUUUCAAAAGUUGAAUGCCAUGCCAUAAAAAAAAUGUGCAAAAAUAAAGAGCAACCGUUUUUCGUAUUAACCGGAAAAAAGUGGUCAGAAAUAAAUGAAUUCUGCAAUGCUACUGGAAUAAAGCUUUUGUUUGCUCUUAAUUUAUUGUUGCGUGAUAAUCACGAAUGGAAUAGUGACAAUGCUGUUGAGUUGUUCGAAUAUUCAAGCCAAAGAGGCUACAAAGUUGAUUGGCAGCUUGGUAAUGAGCCAAACUCUCUACACCAUAUAUUCCAUGUCACUGUAACUCCAAAGAUGUUGGCCCAUGAUUUCAAAAAAUUAAGGCAUGUUCUGGACCAACAUGGGUACAAUAAUUCACUAUUAGUUGGUCCAGAUACAACAAGACCACAACCAAACUGUCAUAAUUGCCUACAGUACAUGAUUGACUUCCUUGAUAAUGGAUCUGAUGUGAUAAAUGUAAGAUCAUGGCAUCAAUAUUAUUUAAAUAGUAGAACGGCUAAACUUGAAGAUUUCUGGGAUCCGAAAACCUUUGAUUUACUCAAUGAUCAGAUAAUUACUAUGAAAAAUAAUACAAUGAAUUACAAUAAUAUACCAAUGUGGUUAACCGAGACAAGUAGCUCAUACGGUGGAGGUGCUCCGGGAUUAUCUAACUCUUAUGCUGGAAGUCCAUUAUGGCUUGAUAAAUUAGGUCUCUGCGCUAAACACAACAUAACAACUGUAAUAAGACAAAGUUUCUUUGGUGGUAACUACAGUUUGGUGGAUAACAAAUUGGAACCAUUGCCAGAUUGGUGGGUCAGCAUAUUAUAUAAGAAACUUGUAGGCAAUAAAGUAUUGCAUGUUGACUGUAAUUGUACACCUAUGCAGAGAAUGUAUGCUCACUGUACCAACAGGAAAUAUACCAAUGAUACAACGGCUAUAACUAUAUAUGCUAUUAACUUAGAACUGGUUAAAGCCAGGUUUUUUUUGAAUGGUACAGCUAUAAAAGGCAAGAAUUUAGAUAUUGAUGAAUUUGUAAUAAGUACUCCUUCGAAUAACAGGAAUACCAAAACGGUACUACUCAAUGGCUGGCCAUUAUUUUAUGAGAAUUCAAUGCCCGAUUUAGACCCUCAUCAUAUAAGAUAUGGUACGAUUAUAUCACUGCCACCAUAUUCUAUUGGCUUCUGGGUUGUCAAAAAUACUUUGAUAAAGAAAUGCGAGUAACUUCAUUCAACAAAAGAUCUUGGUGUGUUACAAGGAAUCUUAUUAGUUUUCUCAUGGACCUAAUGUUUUGAUUAUUUCCUAAGAGUUUCAAAGUUAUUUAAUGAAUGCUUUGUAACUGUUCAAACUAAUAGAUCUCUCAGUGAUUAUUUGUUACUAGAUUGUAUUAAGUUACUGUUAAUUUUAAUUUAGGCUUAAAAUUAAGCUAAAUAGGUGCUGUUUAAUUAUACAGGAUGUCCCAUUAUGUAUAUCACACUGAGAUUUACUACUGUUAUUUUUUGUACUUAACUUUUUUUACUUAAAAUGUGAGGCAUUUCACCAACUACCAUUUGCAAAUUUGUAUUUAAAAUUGUAUUAUAUCAUAGAAUCAGGUCUUUUUUAAGUAUGUAUGAAUCUCUUCCACUAUUCAGAUGGGCUAUUAUAUAAAAAGUUUAAAUGCAGUUGAAGCCAUUUCAGUAACAUUUCAACAUUCAAGCUGUAGUAAACUGCUGUGUGAUAUAGCUUGGGUCAACUUGUAUAGCAUUUAUGUUUUUUUUAUAUUUCAUAAAGAAAUUGAAACAUUCUUCUUUUUUAAAUGUUUUGUAUCUUUUGAUAUAUGUUUUUAAAUCUAGUCUUCUAGACAUUGUGGAUAAAAAAAAAUGUUUACAUGUUCAGUGCCACCAACUUGUCUUGAAAGUUAACUCUUGUAUGCUUUGAUAAUAAUUAAUGUCAUAUAUACCUAGGCAUAGGCCAUAUAGGCACUAUAAGUAUAAAAGGGCUAGGUGGUAUCACAAUAUACAAAUGAAUCUUCUAUAUAUAUCUACAAAUCUUUUUAACAUUUUCUUCUUAUUGGAAUUUAUGGAUAUUGGAAUUUAAUGUUUUUAUUAGUGUAGUUAUAAAAUAUGCCUAUUGUGAACUAAAAGCCAAUAAUUAUAAAUAUAAGAACAUUUUCAUCUUAUAUAUGUUACUGUGAAAGCCAAAACUUCGGUAAACAAACAUCACAAAAUUUUCUUGGAUGUCACUAGAAGUAGUUGCUAAAUGUUAGAAUAUACUUUGAGUCUGUAGAGUAAGAAUUCAUUGUCAAGUAAUAUGUUUACUACAUCUAGUACAUUAUUAUUUAUAACAUUGCUUGAUCGUAGCACCUUUGACAUUGUGAUACGGUCUUGUUAGUGCAUGUUACAUUUCAUCAUUGUUUACAAUUAACUUCAACGACUAUGUUCAUUAGUCAAGGAGAUGUCUUGUAUGUGACAUUGAAACGUAUUUAGCUCAAGCAUGAUAAGGCACAUAUGUGAAAUAUUUCAAUAUAUCUCAUAUAAGUAAUCAUACGAGAUCUGUCUCUUAGUAUUUACUCAGAUCUGUUUAAAAAAUGCAUUUUUAAUUAAAAUAAUGUAGUUGUGUACAAUAUACAUUUAUUUUAAUUACUAUU